AUGGCGAAACGUUCACCAUUUGGUUUGGUGAUGCUUGUGAUCUGUUGUUGGACUGCUAUGUCUGCAGCAGAAAGCAUGAAAUAUAAAGACCCGAAACAACCCAUAAAUGUUCGAAUAAAGGAUUUGAUGGAACGAAUGACUUUGGAGGAGAAAAUCGGCCAAAUGACACAGAUCGACAGAUCUGUAGCUUCACCUGAUGUAAUGCAGAAAUACUCCAUUGGGAGUAUAUUGAGCGGUGGAGGGAGUGUUCCGGCCAACAGGGCUUCCCCGGAGACAUGGAUUAAUAUGGUAAACGAGUUUCAAAAAGGGUCGUUGGCUUCUCGUUUAGGGAUACCGAUGAUUUACGGGAUUGAUGCUGUCCAUGGCAACAACAAUGUCUACAAUGCCACCAUCUUUCCUCAUAACGUUGGUCUUGGUGUAACAAGGGAUCCUGAGCUCGUCAAAAAAAUCGGAGUUGCAACUGCUCUCGAAGUCAGAGCAACGGGAAUUAACUAUGCAUUUGCACCUUGUAUCGCGGUUUGUCGAGAUCCAAGAUGGGGUCGUUGCUUCGAAAGCUAUAGUGAAGAUCCCACAAUUGUUCGCGCCAUGACCGAGCUUAUACCUGGACUACAGGGAGAUAUUCCUACUAAUAGCGAAAAAGGCGUCCCUUUUGUUGGCGGACAAGAAAAGGUAGCGGCGUGUGCCAAACACUUCGUCGGUGAUGGUGGCACAACGAAAGGCAUCAAUGAAAACAACACCGUCAUAAGCCAGCACGGAUUAUUCAGCAUUCAUAUGCCGGCAUACUACGAUUCGGUACUCAAAGGCGUUGCAACGAUCAUGAUCUCCUACUCGAGCUUGAAUGGAGUUAAAAUGCAUGGAGAUCAGGAACUCAUCACUUACUUCUUGAAAAACACUGUCAAAUUCAGAGGGUUCGUUAUUUCGGAUUGGCAAGGUAUCGAUCGAUUGACGGAUCCGCCUCACGCUAACUACACUUGGUCGAUACUAAAGAGUGUCGAGGCUGGCCUUGAUAUGAUCAUGGUACCUUACAACUAUACAGAAUUCAUCGUUGGGUUGACUUAUUUAGCGAAGAAUAAGUUCAUCCCGAUGAGUCGAAUCGAUGAUGCAGUUAGGAGGAUUUUAAGGGUGAAGUUCGUGAUGGGUCUGUUUGAGAACCCGUUGGCAGAUCUCAGCAUGGCUAAAUACCUUGGAAUUCAGGAGCACAGAGACCUGGCUAGGGAAGCCGUAAGAAAAUCGCUAGUCUUGCUGAAGAACGGGAAGUCCGGCAACACGCCCCUUCUUCCCCUCCCGAAAAAAUCGACCAAAAUACUAGUUUCAGGUACUCAUGCCAACGACAUCGGUAACCAGUGCGGUGGCUGGACCAUCGAGUGGCACGGCCAAAGCGGAAAUAUCACACCGGGUACCACAAUUCUAUCGGCCGUAAAGAACACAGUCGACUCGACAACCGAAGUCGUGUAUCAAGAAAACCCGACUCCUGAAUUUAUAAAGUCCAAUAAUUUCUCGUACGCCAUCGUUGUAACUGGCGAGUACCCAUACUCAGAGACGGUUGGAGACAGUUUGAAUCUAACGAUUCCUGAUCCAGGCCCGACCACAAUCACAAAUGUAUGUGGGGCGGUGAGGUGCGUUGUUGUGCUGAUUUCAGGACGACCGGUUGUGCUUGAACCGUAUGUUUCUAGCAUGGAUGCACUGGUGGCGGCUUGGCUUCCGGGAACCGAAGGCCAAGGCGUUGCUGAUGUUCUGUAUGGUGAUUAUGGUUUUACGGGCAAACUUGCGAGGACCUGGUUCAAGACGGUUGAUCAGCUCCCGAUGAACGUUGGUGAUCCACAUUACGAUCCAUUGUACCCAUUCGGAUACGGGCUUACGACCGAAGCUGUAGGUAUGAAGAACAAGCUUCUAAGUGAGUCGGAGAGUGAGUAG